AAUGAAGAUGAUCACAGAUCCUUGUUUAUGAGUGAUGAAGAUAGAAAUUUACAAAUUGAAUCAAUACGAUUGUUAUUUCAAAAAUUUGAGGGAUAUUUAGAAAAUAUUGGAUUUAACUCAAAUGUAAAUGAUGUAUUAAAAUACGAAGCAUUAAAAUUUAUCAAUAGUUAUUGUAAGAGAAUUAAAUUUUUUGAUAUAGAUACGCAUGGUAUUCAGAAAGCUCAUAUUGUAUUAGAUUCAGUUAAAAUUUUCGUACAAAACCUUAAUUAUCUUUCCAUGUAUUUUUAUAUUCCGUAUGGUGAAAAAAAUGAAUCUACAAUAGAAUUAGUUUUAAGAUUAGCACAUAUUCUUCCUUGUAAGUUAGAAUUUUUGAAUUUAAGUUUUAAUGGUGAGAUUAAAAAAAAUGUUUGGGAAGUAUUUUUAAAAAAUUUAAGACAUAUUUUUGUUAAGAAAUUAUUAUUCGAAAUUAAUAUAUUACUUGCUGAUAUUUUACCAUAUAUAAAGGAAUAUAUUAUGAAAGAAAAAAGGGCUGAAUACUUAGCUAUUGUGAGUAGACAUGCUAGUAGAUUUCGGUGUUACCGUCAAAGAGAGUUGUUUACUAUAACAGAUGAAUUGAAGGAAUUUGAAUCAUAUAACAUUAAAAUUAAAGAAUAUGAUAAUUUAUUUAUUAAAGCCAUUAAAUUUAUAGAUGAGAUGUAUUAGGGAUAUAUAUUUUCAUAAUUUAUUUUCUGUAUAUCUAUUAAGGGAAUUAUUAUAUAUUAUUCAUUUUGUAUUCAAUUUUAUAGUAAGUUUAAAACAGAAUAAAAAAUAUUGAAGAAAAAAAUACUAUUAUUUUUAUAUGAUUAAU